AUGCAGGCGCCAAUUCCCGACCGUGAUGGAGAUGCUUCGUUUUGGGCCCCCGGGACAGUGAGGCUGGAAGAUUUGCGGCGCUCCAAGGACCAAGUCAUCCUGCAUCCCAUUCCGAGUGCGGAUCCAAACGACCCUUUGAACUGGGCGUCGUGGCGCAAGGCGGUCAAUUUCGGCCUGGUCUGCUUCUAUGUGCUGAUGACAUUCGUCCAGCUCGACAUUGGAUUCACGGCCUGGGAGGCGUACAUGGACGAGUUGGGCUUCACCGUCGACCUGUUGAACGCCGCCGCAGCCACCAACUACGCCGGACUGGGCGUGGGCUGCGUCUUCUUCGUGCCCCUCGUCCACAAAUAUGGUCGCCGCUCACUCUACUUGUUCAGCACGGCGCUCCAGCUGGCAUCGUGCAUCUGGUUCGCAAAGACGCAGACCAUAGGCGAUCUCAUCGGCAGCAAUCUGAUUUCCGGGCUCGGCGGCGCCAUCAGCGAGACCAUCGUGCAAAUCACCAUUGCCGACCUUUUCUUCGUCCACCAGCAUGCCUCGAUGAACGCUUGGUAUUGGUUCGCCACCCUCGCCGGCGCCUUCCUCGGCCCCGUCGCGUCAGGCUACAUCGUCGACAGCCAAGGAUGGCGGUGGAUGUUUUGGUGGUGCGUUAUCUUCUUCUCCGUCAAUCUGCUCCUCAUCAUCUUCUUCUUCGAGGAGACCAAGUACGUGGGCGUCUUUGUCGGUCAGGACAGCACCGCCGUGACCGCUCAUAACAAUCGGCUGGCACAGUCAACCAGUGCGCCAAAAGAGCCUGGCUUGCACCCGGACGCCCGUGAUAUCAAGCAGCAAGCUGAGUCGAUCGAGCCGGUCGAGAGGACUCGGGCCGACCGGGAAAUAGACUCUACCAUCAGGAUGAAGACAUACCGCGAGCGCCUUGUUCUGAUCACCAAGACGGAUGGCUCGAUCCUUCACCACUUCUCCCAACCACUCGUCCUCCUCUUCACCUUCCCGGCAAUUACCUAUACCGCACUCACCUACGGCAGUCUCCUCGCAUGGUUCGCCAUCAUGACCUCGGUCCAAGCUACAUAUCUUUUCUAUCCUCCCUACAACUUCUCCGCUGCCGGCGUUGGUCUGAUGAAUCUGGCUCCCUUUAUCGGCACCAUUCCCGGCACUCUGGUCGGUGGCUGGUUGAAUGACAAGUCGAUCGUGUGGUUGUCCAAGCGCAACGGUGGUAUCUACGAGCCCGAAAUGCGUCUUUGGCUGGCCCUGCCGUCCGCCUUGAUCACUCCAGCAGGAAUUCUGAUGUUUGGCUUGGGUUUGAAUUACGGUGUAUCUUGGCCCAUGCUCGCCGUGGGUUAUGGCGUGUUUGGCUUUGGCUUGGUUACCGCCGGCGACAUCGCUCUUUCGUAUGCGAUGGACUGCUACCAAGAUGUUGUCGGCAACUCGUUGGUCGGAGUCGUAUUCACGCGCAAUGCCUUCUCUGUGGUCGUCCUCUUCACACUGACUCCGUGGAUCGCGGGGAUGGGACUGCAGAAUAUGCAUAUCUUGGUCGCCGUUCUCUCUUUUGCGCUCCUGCUGCUCCCUAUACCACUGCUCGUGUGGGGUAAAAAGGCGAGAAUCGCGACAGCAAAGACAUAUAGGGCGAUGGCAAGUCGACAACCAACACAUCGGGUUCAAUGA